AAAUUGUUCGUCGUACAGUUCUUAUGAAAAAUAUAGCGAAAAUUAAAAAAAAAAUGUUUUAAACGAUUGAUAAAAAAUGAGUGGCAAAAUAAAUGCAGAAAUUGAAGAAUGUGUCCGAUCCAACGUUAAAUGGCAAUUGUUGCCGGUGCAUUUGAAACAGGUCCUCAAAAGCACCCCGAAGAGCUACGACCGAUAUGUUUUCAAUUACAGUCUUAAAAAUCAAUUGAGAUACAAAGGGAAUUUGGUUCGUCAUGUAUUUCGCAACGAACAACGAUACUACGAGUUGUUAUUGGAAAAGAGCAAAUCGAGCUUGUGUUUGUUUCCAUACCAUUUGGCUGAUAUUGUGACGAAAGGAUUGCGAGUUACUCCUUUUAACUACUACAUUGACGUCCUAUGUUUGCUACUCAAAAACGACAAGAGCUAUGACACGCUGCCUAAUUUUACUGCCGCUGAUUGCCUCCGUGUGAUUGGUAUCGGUCGCAAUGAAUAUUUGGCGCUGGUUAGUGAUCUAAAAACCAAUUCAUCGAAAAUAUUCCGGAAACCGAAUCCGAUAAACAUUCUGCCAAAAUUUCCGGUUAAGGUGAAGAUCGAACCGUGGUGGAAAGUGGAAAUUGGCUAUGUGCUGGAAAGUGAUAUUGCAUUUGUAACCGAAGCUGAACGAUCGAUGAUUGACGAUCUGAUUGAUUUCGGUUCGCAGACGGCUGGCAAAAUGAAUUUUUAUUCGUUGCACAGUCUGUACAAAAAGGGUCUCAUAUACUUGGACGUUCCAAUUAGUGGUGAGGAUUGUAUAUGCAUUCCACCGCUUCGGAAUUUCGUUAUGAAUCGGAUCAGCGGCGAUUACUUCGAGAAUUUACUCUACAAAAUAUUUGUCAGCGCUGAUGAAACAACAACCAUUUCGGAGCUGGCACAGAUGUUGCAAAUUAAUUUGGACACCGUCAAACAUGCAAUUUCACUGAUUUGUCGGCUCGGCUUUGCUAGAAAACAGAUUGCCAACGAUGACCCAACGAAUGCCACCUUACACGAAAGCUGGCACAAUCGAGGUCCUUUGGACACCGAACUUCGACCAGAGAUAACGCCAUUGAACUAUCAUGCGCUCUUGGUGAACGAAACGAACGAUCGACUAAUUGGUAUGGAAUCACCGAAAGUCUCGAAUGCGAACACUGCAGCUGUAAAGCGUGAUUCCACCAGUCCAGUGAAACAGCAGCAUUUAGACGCUCUUAGCAAUUCGAAUGAGUACAUUUCGUCCGAUGGCAAUACUAGUGAUUUUUCUAUUAUCAGUCCCGGUGGAUUGGAUGUAAGCAAAAAGAGUUCCGACAGCCAGAACGAGUGCUCGGAAAUCGAAGAGAUUCCACCGAUUACCAUUCCGCUACCAAUUAGUCCAUUGACUAAGACGGGAAAACGUAUCGCAUUUUUGUUCGAUUCCACGCUGACGGCAUUCCUAAUGAUGGGUAACUUAUCACCGGGCCUAAAAAAUCACGCUGUGACAAUGUUCGAGGUUGGCAAAUUGUGUGAUGAAAGUAUGGAUUCGUUCCUCGGAGAGUUGGAAAAGGUUUCGCUGAUAGACGCAGAGGGCGAGGGAGAAGUUUCGCGCUACUUUCAACAUGCUGUUAUAUUGAGGUCAACCAUAAUUGCCCUGCGUCAUGUGCUAGGCGCUGGACUGGACCUAUUGCGAUUGGAAUGUUUGGAAAGUUUAGACACAAAGACUAGAGAUCGUCUGCUGGAGAAGAAGUACAAAUUCAUAAUAUCGGCAUCACCCUUAUCGAGCGCUCUGUCCAGCAUGUUCACCAUACCGUUUUUUGGUCAAUUUUACAAAGGAACCGACAAUUCACACAUUUGGUCCAAAAUGUUUUACUAUCACAUGUCAGGCUAUGGACCGCCAAGUUUGUUAAUCAUUAAAGGAACCGUUCUGAAAUCCUUACCGCGCAUAUUUCUGGGCUAUGGCAAACUGUUAGUGACCAUCAUACAUACAGACUCGUAUGUCAUCAAUUCCGAGAACUAUCGAAGCUUGAACGAUCAGCUGAAGAAUGGCUGUGUCUUGGUGCAAGGUUAUGGCAUCCGUAAUCCGGCUGACAUUCAUUAUGAAGCAUUUCCCUUCAACAAAUCGGAUUCGUCCAAAGUCAAAUGGUCGAAACACAAAGGAAUUGAAAAGCUAGGCCAAGUAUUAAAUAUGGAAAAUACUUGCGGCUACUUAACAUUCGUCAAAACCGGUGUCACCGAUCUGGGUUGCGAGUCAUACGACGAGAAUGUUUCGCUUGCCCGUCCUAAAUCGCGAAAAGAACGAAAAAAUUCUUCAGCGGGUGGCAUCAUUCCACGGAUGGUGAAUUCGCCGUCCGUUCAAAGCAUUACGUUACAAUCGCCUGUGGAUGAGAUCACCAGUUUCAAUGUGAUUAAGAAAUCGGACACUACGUACACACUGAAGUCACCGAAUGAGGACUACUUUGCGGUGACGCCGUUGAACAGUUCGCCGGCAAAUGUUUUUCGAAGUGACGAUUGCAAUGAGUUGCUAGCUAAGGAACUGGCGGGAUUAGAAGAGAAUUCAUCCGAUCAAGACGAUGGCAAAUCGAAGAGACUCUACUCCCAAUCAUCCAUCGAAAUUCCAUUCGAUAAUCAUUCCAUAAAUGAAGAGGAGGACAUUUUGUCAGAGUCAAAGGAAUUUUUCGGUGAAGAGUGGACAAUAUUGGACUGUCACUUCGGUAUACCAUUAUUCGAUGUGGACUGCAAUACACGCAUAUGCGAAUACAUUGUGCGAAAUUUGUGCAACGACGGAAAUUUACAGAAACUGCCGGUAAUCAAUGCGGAGAUGAAUAAAAAAUUCCUGAAAUUUAUCGCUCAAUGUUUGUACUUUGACGACGAAAAUAUGGAAUUGAUCAAAAUUGGCAAAUUGAUUCCGCAGCCAAGAAUUAAUUUAGCAUUCGAGAAUGGCAAAAUCUGUUACUGGAAUGGCAAGUAGUGGUGGCACAUAAAAUGUAAAAGUUAUUUGGCACAGCCAAAUGUCUCAGUGAACAGUUUUUAUUUUGAUACGUACUAAUCCCUCACAAUAUAUAAGACGAAGAUGAAAGGAAAACAAUUUUCUCCCAACCAUGGUGCUCGUUGUCCAAAUUAUGUAAAAAUUUAGCGAAAUGAUUAAAUUCAAAUGCCACAGAGAAAAAAA